UCGCAUAAUAAUCCCAAAAAAGGAUUAAUCUCUCCCAAGCAAGAUAUGCCCAUCAAAUCAAAAUUGCCCGAUGUAGACAUACCAAAUAUUCCCUUUCAUGAUCUAAUGAUCAACCACUUACAAAAGUACGGUACUGAAACAGCUCUGGUAAGUCAUAUGGAUUCAGCUUCCAGUAUCAACUAUGAUACGGAUGAGACGUUCACAUUCGCGGACAUUAUCUCAAAAACACAAUACAUCGCCAAUUCAUUGAUUUCAUUGGGAAUUGAAAAAGGCGAGGCCGUCAUAUUAUGUGUGCCGAAUUCACCGGAUUUUGUGUGGUUAUUUCUGGGCAUCUCAAUGGCUGGAUGCACUGUAUGUCCACUAUAUCCGACAUUUUCGAUGGAUGAGAUGCGAUUACAAAUUUCGGAUUCGUUUGCACGUCUUGCGUUCGUGACACCUUCAGCUCUGACAAAUAUCUCGUCGGUUUUUCGCGAAUUGGAUCAAGUUCAUCGGGUACGACGCAACUGCUGA